AUGAUUGAUGUGUCUGUGUUUGAUGUGAUAGUUGAGUCCUGUGUUGAGGGAGUAAGGAAGCCGGACCCCCGCAUCUACCACACCUGCCUGGAGAGACUCAAGGUAGCCCCAGCACAGGCCAUUUUCUUAGAUGACAUCGGCACCAACCUGAAGCAAGCCAAAGAACUGGGCAUCCGCACAAUCAAGGUAGAAGAUCCUGACCAGGCAGUUCUUGCACUGGAGUCUGAGCUGGGUCUAAGUCUUCGAGGAUAUGUAGCCGGAACUGCGUCUGUGCCGCCUCAUCUAGCCCUGCCUGUAGACAGUCUGGAGUCCUACCUACAGUCUCACCUCAAUCUGACAUCUCAAGGACCCCCGAUACUGAGGGCCUUCAAGCAUGGCCAGUCCAACCCAACCUACUUCCUCAACUAUGGAGGCAGAAAUAUGGUCCUGAGGAAAAAGCCACCUGGCAAGCUGCUACCAUCCGCCCAUGCAGUGGACCGAGAGUAUCAGGUGAUGAAGGCUGUCGGGGAAAAUGGCGUCCCUGUCCCUAAGAUGCUGGCUUUCUGUAAUGAUGAAAGUGUCAUUGGGACCCAGUUCUACCUCAUGGACUACGUACCAGGGAGAAUAUUUGAGGACUUCUACCUGACAGGGAUGAACUUUGCAGAGAAGAAGGACAUCUACUCAGCCAUGAUUGAUGUUCUCUGCAAAAUCCACUCCGUGGAUAUCAGCAAAGCUGGGUUGGAAAACUAUGGGAAACAAGGUAACUAUAUGGAACGGAACUUCAAGAGAUGGGCCAAGCAGUACGAGGCAAGCCAGACGAGAGAGAUACCAUCAAUGACAAAACUGAUGGAAUGGAUUCCACAGAACUUUCCCAAGGACGAGAGAGUGACUGUUGUACACGGGGAUUUCAGGUUGGACAACUUGAUAUUCAGUCAAUACAAGUCUGAUGUGCUUGGGGUUCUAGAUUGGGAGUUAUCUACCCUUGGUGACCCCUUGUCUGACCUUACGCAGAGCUGUGUUAUAUACUAUCUGCCUAAAGACUUUCCAUUAUUUGCAGGAUUUCUUGGUCAGGAUGUGUCUAAGCUCGGUAUUCCAACAGUCCAGGAAGUUGUUGCUGAGUACUGCGAGAGAAUGAACAUUCAACCAAUCACAAACUUUGAGUUCUACAUGGCCUUCGCCUUCUUCAGGAUGGCUGCUAUAUGUCAAGGUGUCUACAAACGAGCCAUCUCAGGACAAGGAAGUUCCCCGAUUGCUGAGAAGGUCGGCAAGUUUGCAGAGACAUUGGCUGACAUUGGAUUGGGGAUGGUAGAAAAGCAGGGCACAGGAUCCCAGGUCCAGUCAGGGCGGAGAUCGUAUUCCACAAGUACCAGGUCAAUCAUGACCUACAUUUCCCGACCUAUGUCUACACAACCACAUACAGGCACUGCUGGGGCCAUGGCUGUGUCAGUGAAGGGGUUGUCCCCCUUGGUUCAGGAUCUCCAUCAGAGGGUGCGGAAGAUGGUUGACGAGGACAUAAUCCCACUCGAGGCAGAUAUGGUCGCCCACAGCAUGGGGCCACGCAAAUGGGAGGUGUUCAAGCCCUUGGAAGAUAUCAAGAAUAAAGCCAAAGCCAAGGGCUUAUGGAACCUGUUUCUUCCACUGGAGACUGAUCCGGAGCGGAAAUACGGAGCAGGUCUCACCAACCUGGAGUACGCCUUCCUGUGUGAAGAGAUGGGGCGAUGUGUCCUGGCUCCAGAGGUGUUCAACUGUAACGCCCCAGACACCGGCAACAUGGAGGUGCUGGUGAAGUACGGGACAGAGGAACAGAAGCAGACAUGGCUGACACCACUACUGAAUGGGGAGAUCAGAUCCUGCUUCGGAAUGACAGAACCAAAUGUGGCAUCCUCCGACGCCACCAACAUCCAGUCCUCCAUCAAGAAAGACGGCGACUACUUCAUCAUCAACGGACACAAGUGGUGGACAUCAGGUGCCCUGGACCCCAGAUGCAAGCUCUGUGUAUUCAUGGGCAAAACUGACAUGGGAGCUCAGAAACAUAGGCAGCAAAGUAUGAUCCUUGUCCCAAUGGACGCUCCAGGAGUGAAGAUCCUCCGACCACUCACUGUGUUUGGGUACGAAGACAGUCCAGCCGGCCAUGGAGAAGUCCUGUUUGAAAACGUACGGGUUCCUGCCUCCAACAUCCUUCUGGGUGAAGGUCGUGGGUUUCAGAUAGCUCAAGGUCGUCUGGGUCCUGGCCGAAUCCAUCACUGCAUGAGGCUGAUCGGCAAUGCGGAACGGUGUCUCGAGUUGAUGGUGAAGAGAACUCAGGAAAGAAUUGCCUUCGGGAAGCCACUAGCUGCUCAGGGAACAAUACAGGCUGACAUCGCCCAGUCUCGCAUUGAGAUAGAGCAGACUCGGCUCUUGGUAUUGAAGGCUGCCUACAUGAUGGACGUGUACGGGAAUAAGGUGGCUGCUCCAGAGAUAGCCAUGAUAAAAGUGGCAGCCCCAAAUAUGGCCCAGAGAGUGGCUGACAGAGCCAUACAGGCCCACGGGGGAGCUGGACUUCACCAUGACCUGCCGAUAGGAUUCAUGUUUGCCUGGGCUCGUAUCCUGCGUAUCGCCGACGGCCCGGAUGAAGUACACAAGCGGGCUAUCGCAAGAAUGGAAUAUGCAAAGUCUGUCAAAUCCAACUUGUAGAUAGUUGUGAAUCCAAACGUGUGAUAAUGUCAAGGUUGCGCCAUCAUCGCCACAAGACAAUAACCAAGAGCCCGACACAUAAAGUUAUUUCUUGAGUGAAGAAUAAUAUUAUGAUCAGUAUCCGUUUUGAUGGCUAAAAAUAUCAUAUGAAGUUACAGGUAUAAUCAAGAUCAUGUUAUCUGGGUUAGUUGUGAAAUCUAUGUUUGAAAAAAUCUGUGAACGGCAUUUAGAAGUGAUACACAUAAAGGGAAAGUAUUUACGAAUGUCAACUUCGAGACAUUUUAGAAUAUAUUCUUACUAUCAGGGGAAUGACACUGAUUAAGAAUAUACGCCAAAACAUCAUGUUCCUCAUAUACAGAAUUUGACAUUCGUAAAUUAUCUACCUUUACUGAACUUGUGUCUCGAGAGCAGCUUCUCCUUACUUGAACUUUUAGACAUCUUACAAUCACGGUGUACAGUUGUUCAUCAUCCAUGGAAGAAUUGUUCACACAGCAGAAUGACAAGUGCUUGUUGGGCAUCUCAUAGCUUGUAGGCUUGAAUAAUACCAUUGCUUUUUACCAUUGUCCUUAGAAUGACGCUGAAGCUGAGUAAUGUCUGAUCCAGUUUCAAUGAAUGAUAUAUGCCUUGAUUGUACGUAUCA